UUUAAAAGCUUUACAGCUCCAGUACCACAUACAUCAUCCGGCUAUGAGGGGACCUACUGCACAGACACUAUUGGCUCUGACCAUUUGGGUUACACUAAUUGGUUGUUCUGCUGGGGCCACCUGUCCAGAUGUGAAGUUUAUUGGAGUCAGGAACUCCUCAGAAAAGAUGGCAUUUCUGAGAGGAUGCCCAGGGAUACCUGGAAUACCAGGAGUUCAAGGACCAAUGGGACGAGCAGGAACAUCUGGAAUUAAAGGAGAAAGGGGGGAUCAAGGAUUAAAGGGUGAAAAAGGAGCUACAGGAGUCCCUGGUGUGUCAGAUCUUGGAGUGGCAAAAAACUGUAAGGAGCUUCUGGACCAGGGUGCUUCACAAAAUGGCUGGUACACGAUAUAUCCACCACAGGAUUCUCCAAUAACAGUGAUGUGUGACAUGGAAACGGACGGAGGUGGCUGGAUAGUAUUUCAGAGACGUAUGGAUGGAUCAGUAGAUUUUUACAGAGACUGGAAUUCCUACAAGAGAGGGUUCGGCAAUCAGUGGGGCGAGUUCUGGCUGGGGAAUGAUAACAUUCAUCUACUCUCCUCCAUUGGUACAUUUGAGAUGCGUGUUGACCUUACAGAUUUUGAUAACAAUCAAAGUUAUGCCUUGUACAAAAACUUCUCUAUUUCUGGGGAAUCACAGAACUACACACUACAGCUAGGUAGCUUCCAUGGAGGAAAUGCAGGUGACUCUUUGUUUAAUGUGCACAAGAACAGAGCAUUUUCCACUAAAGACAGGUAUCAUAAUGAGGAUGCUAAAGGUUGUGCAGUGUCAUACAAAGGUGCCUGGUGGUACAACUCAUGUCAUAAUUCCAACCUGAACGGGCUGUAUCUGAAAGGUGAGAACAAACAAAAAGGAAUGGGCAUAAACUGGUCAUCUCUCAAACGAAGCACAUACUCAUUCAAGGUGUCUGAAAUGAAGUUCCGACCACAAACCUAACGAUAGAGAUGGAAGUUCCAGUUUCUAGAAGAACUCCAGAAAUACAUCUCAGUGCUGAAACUGUUCCGUGAAAGAUGAUGUAACUAACAACUGUGUAUACCCCGCAAUUUGUAACCACUUAUCUUACGGUAAAUUAAAUUGAAAUGAAAUUUGUUACCACUUAUCUAAUGGUAAAACAAAAUGCUGUUUAACUCCUUAACUAAAAGCUUUUUCAAAUCCAAUGCUAAUGCAAGUUUUAGUAGCCGGUGUUCUAUCGAGAACUCCAAUAUGACGUGACUUCCCGGUGAUUCCAUAACCUGAUUGGUCCGUGUCUCAGUGAGUGACAGGAUCCACAACCAAUCAGAUGGGCACUGUAAUCGCCUAUCUUUACUAUCUAUUUUGCCUCCACCUGGGGGGGCAAAGCCUGCUGAUUCGCAGCCAAUCAGCCUCUAGCAGGGGGUGUCAAUUCGAUCGGGUUGAUUUCUGUCCGCCGCCUCAGAGCAGGCAGACAGAUUAUGGAGCAGAGGUCUUUAGAGCCUGAAGGCUCACCGGAAACACGGAAAUGCCCCCUAGACAUUUCUUCACAUCUUCGUUAUCUUAGACCUGCUUAGUUCUGUGUCACAUUAAAAUACAGAGAUUUAGGCCUGUGGGGUGUGUUGGGAUAGGAAGGGGUAAGGAGAAGGGGCAGAGGCGAGAAUAUAAUAUUAACCCUUUCUAGGGUUUCUGAUUUCAAUGUGGUAAAACUUUCAUGUCACACUAGAACCUUGUGAGAAACGCCAUGUAUUGAGGAGCAAUUUGUGUUGAAUAUCCUCCCAAAUGAAUUUCAUAUCAUGAAAGAAUGCUAAAUUAUUGGAUUUAAAAUAUCCAUAUUCUUCCAUUAACAGAAUAUUACCCAUAUGUGUGAGCCAAUUACUAAGCAUAGGGCUCAUUUGGGAUUUCCGUCCUUGUCCAUUUUUUAUUACAACUUAUGACUCGGUUUCAUACCCUCCCGGUUUCAGUCUAUUGUACUAGCAAUUGUUCCACGGUGAAACUCCUAAAGAGUCUGAUGAUCAAAAACUCACCGGCAUAGAAAAUGUUUGGGAGCUUUUUUUGGGCAUUAGAUUGUAUUUUUAUUUUAUAUAUGAUAUGUUUUAUCAGUAUAUUAUCGGAAAUGCUUGCAGUCUAAUCUAGAUGGUCUACCCUUCUUUUUGAUAUAUAUAAAUAUAUUUUUUUUAAUCCUAAAUAUUAUCUCAAUCUGUUACACUUGAAUAUUAUGAUUUUUUUCGUUAAGAAUUGAGUGAUAUUGUACUAAGUAUACUGAAGGUUAUGUACUCCUGUUAUGUUUCCUGUCUAUCAAAUGCAUUAUUCAUUGUGCAACAUGUGUUGUGCUUUGAACAAUAAUUAAUGUAUUCUAUGUGUUACUGGCAUUUUUUAAUAUACUCUUUUACAAGCA